AUGGAUUCUAACAAGAACUAGGAAAGCUAAUUAAGUAGUUUUUAUCUUACUAUUAAAGAAAAAAUUAUAGCAGAUCUCUUUUAAAAUAGCUAAAAUAUAUUCUAAUAAAAAAUUUUAAACUAUUUCUGUAUAGUUUAAAUUUUAGUUGGGAUUUCAUUCUUGAUCUCAAACGCCCUAAUCUUGAAAAACGUUCAAUAAUUUUUGGUCAUGUCUAUUUUAAUGCUGUGUACCAUUUUUAUCUGUGUUAUUAAAAAGAAAUAUUUCAAAUAGGCCUACUAAGGCAUGUGCUUUAUCCUUUUGAUUUAAAUGGCUUUAAUUAUGUACAAUUUAUAUGUUAAGAAAGAAGAUGAAGUUUAAUAAAAUGUUUUUAUUUGGCGCUUGUACACUUGCUGUCUUUGCAUUAUAACAAGAUUUUAUUAGUCUUGGGUAAGCAAAGCAAUGAUAAUUGGCUUCUGUACAAUAAUUUUUUAGAUACACUAUCAUGAUAUAUAUUAUCUGCCUUAUAUUUUUAUCAUAGCUUUUUUGGAAUUUUAAAUAAUAUUUAUAUAAUAUUAUGAUGAAAAAUAAAGGAAAAAUUAAUUUGUGAUGAACUACAAUCAAUUAAAUAAGUUUAGUAUUCAACAGCAAAUAAUAGAUUUACUAAUUCCUUCUUCAAUGAUAAUAUUCACUCCACCAUAUUCUUUCGAAAAAGUGAAUUAAAAUUAUCAGAGCUCCAAUAACAAAACUUGCUAAUAUCCAACCAGUAAAACAGUAGUAAGUGAAUAAAAAAACUAACCACAAUAAAAAAUAAUCUACAAAUGGGAUGAUGUAAUUAUAAAUCACUUCAAUAAUAAAACAAAAGAGCUUUUUGAAAUAAAUGAUGAGUUUUAAUUAAAAUAGAAACUAAAUUAAAUGGUGUCUAAUGAUUGUUAAGGAUAAAACAUAAUUUAAAUGAAUUCUACUCUUUAACCUUAAGUAUAAAUUGCAGAAAAUUAAAUUACUAUUUUGUAAGAUAUCCUGUAAGAAAAUUUUUAAGCUGGAUAGUAAAUUUAUGAUAAAAAUAAUGAAAAUUCAUUAGAUUUCUCUAAAGCUUCAAAUGUUGAAUUAAAAAUUCUUAGCAUAAAAGAAUCUAGAAAAUGCUUUAGUCUUAAAGAUUAAUUUUAUAUAGCUAAGUAUGCUAGUUGUAUAUGGUAAGGAAAGUUCGCAAUUCUAGUCCUAUUGAGUAAUGAUUCAAUUGAAAGGAGAAACUAGUAACUAGAGAGACUAAAUGAAUACAAAGAUAAAUUGUUAGCAACAGUUUCUCAUGAUUUAAAAACUCCUCUAAAUAGUAUUAUUUCUAUUACUGAUUAUUUGUAAAAUGAUUUAACUUAAUCUACCUGCUCAACAAUAUCAGAAGAAUAGAAUUCACCAAAGAAUUUUGCUCAAAAUUAAUUUAAUUUUAGUUCUGUUUAGGACUCUUCAUUAGGUAACUAAUUUAAUCAUUUUAAAAGUUAAUCACAAACAAACUAGCUUUAUCCUUUAAAAAAAAAAAAUCUGAAAUAAUUUAAAAAUGAAGACCAAUAGUAUUCAAAUAAAAUAAAUGUUAGCCAUUCAAAGCUAUUAAAAAUCAUAUACACAAAUUCUAUGAUGCUUCUUUAAAUGAUAAAUGACAUUCUUGAUUAUAGUCAGUUAAAUAAGUCAGCAAAUAGCAUAAAAUUAAAUAUUUAAAAGUUUAAUUUAAUAGAGCUUGUUUUAGAAGUUUUUGAUAUUUUCCAAAUUUAAGCUCAAGCAAAGAAUAUUUAAUUAAUCUGUACUAAUUCAUAAAAUGAAAACUAAGUCAUAAUAUAGACAGAUAGAAAUAGGCUUAAAUAGAUUUUAAUGAAUUUCAUCUCUAAUUCAUUAAAAUUUACAUUAGAAGGUUUCAUUAAGAUAAAUAUAGAACAAUUUGAAGAAUCUUAAAAUAAAAUUGGAAUAUCUGUAGAAGAUUCAGGAGUAGGCAUGAAUACUACAAUUUAAAAAAAUCUCUUUAAGGAAUUUGGAACUUUUAAUUAGUACAAUUUAAAUUCAAAUGGGAUAGGUCUUGGCUUAAUUAUUUGCAAAAAAUUUAUAGAAAUAAUGAGUAACUACAGUUAAAUAUAAGUGAAGUCAGAAGAAGGAAAGGGCACAACAUUUUAUUUUGAGUUAAACAAAUAUAUUAAGUAAUAAGUUGUGAAAAACAAUUAAAUAAUAGAAAAUUAAGAUCCUUCAAAUACUUUGUGUGAAUCAAAUAAAAAUGUAUUUCAUAAUCAAACAAGCUAUAGCACUCCUGAAUCAAACUAUUUAAAAAGUGAAAGCAAUUAUGUUUUUAUAGAUUCUUAAGAGAAUUUAAAUAAGCUUUUUAAAUUAUCAAAACAUACCUCAGACUAGAACAAUUAAGAAGGUAUAUAAAUAUUUUUGGAAAACCACAAUCAAUAUUUAGAUGAACAAUCUGCAUUAGAGUAUAAUUAAUUAAGGAGAGUUAUUUAAGGAAAUACCAAAAAAGCAAGUCUUUUUUUCUAAGAAAAUAAUGAAAAAAUUUAAAUAUAAAAUUUGAAUAUAAAAAAAAUGAUAAAAAUGAUUUUAAUUGAUGAUUCUCAGUUUAACAUACUUUCUCUGAAAGUUAAUCUCAGAGAAUUUUCAAAUGAAAUAGAAAUUGAUGAAUUUGUUGACCCUACUAAAGCAUUAAAUGCUAUAAAAAACGAUUCAUAUGAUGCAAUAUUAACUGACAUAUAAAUGCCCAUUAUCAGCGGUAUUUAACUGGUGUAAUUAGUAAGAAAUAUGGAAAAAAGUAUAAGUUAGCCUGAAAUAAUUCUGAUAUCUGCAGGAAGUGAAUCUUAUUACAUAAAAGAAAUGGAAAACCUAAAUAUACUUUCUUAUAUUCAAAAACCAAUAACAGAUAAAAUAAAUUUUAAAAACUAAAUUAAUCAACUCAUUUAAAAAAUAAAAUCUAAAAAUAAAUAAGCUUGA